AUGUACUUCCCUGCGGAGAACACAAUUGUGAGCGGAGUUGUCAUGAGGGCCUCUGUGGCAGUUGUGAGGUUCUUAUUGAAUCAACAUGCUAUUGUGGUAAAGUCGAAAAAACUCUACCUUGCUCGGAACGCGAUGAAGAGCGUGAAAGUCAAGCACCAACCAGUACGCUUGAUGGUGAAAGUUUGGCCACGAGGACAUGGAUUGGAUCUUUUGACUGUGGCUCUGAAUGCCGUAGACCCUUUGAUUGCGGUAAACCAGAUCAUUACUGUGAGACUAGAUGCCACCCUCAAGACCUAUUACCUGCACACUGUCCAUUGUCGCCAGACGUUGUCACAACUUGUCCCUGCGGUAAAACGCCAAUUUCUACACUCCUCGAAACUCCACGAACCGAUUGCACCCAGCAUAUUCCUCACUGUCAAGAGAAGUGCGAAUUGCCGUUGA